AUGGAAAACAAUCAACCUAAUAUUAUUGAAAGACUCAAAAAGCGGCAAAGGAUCGGGAGGACCAAAAUUUUUGAGUCUCUAGACUCAAUAGUGGAACAAUUAGAAACUUUUGUAGAAAACGACAGCGAAGAAGUGACAGAUGAAGAAUUCCAAACAAAAAUAUCCAAUCUCUUUCAAGAAAUAAAAGACGCUGAGCCACUCAGAAAUGUCUGUAAAGAGCACCGAGAAACUUAUGCAUACAUUUCUAAGCUUGGAAAAGAAAUAGAACAGAACGGUACUAUGAAUCCUGAAGACUUGCAGUGCCAUGCAACUACCCCAUUAGAUGAGUCUAUCAUCAAUUCAGCAAUCCAUGAGUAUUUUAUGAGGGAAGGGAUGUUUGAAGAAGCUGACUAUCUUCAAGAUCUAAAACAAAUUCAAGGCGGGAUUGCAGAAGCGAAAGAACAGUUUAAAAUGAUUUAUCAAGUUUUGAAAUCCCUUGAAGAAGGGAAUAUAGACUAUGCGUUGAAAUGGGUAGAAGACAACUCUCAGCAGCUAAAAAGUUCUUCAGCAAAUUUGCAGUUUAAUUUGCAUAAAUUGAAAUUCUUGAAUUUAUUAAGACGGAAAGAUUCUGCUACGGCUCUGGAAUAUGCCAAAACUAAUAUGCAGGCUUUUAAAAAUACCCAUAUAGGAGAGAUCCAACAGUUAAUGGGAGCGUGCUUAUUUUUGAGCCAGCCUGAAAAUUCUCCUUAUCAAGAAUUACUUGACCCGGAGUACGACAAAAUCAUUGCUCAGCAGCUGAUUCAAGAGUGAUGCAAAACACUCGGGCUUCCUUUUAAGUCUUCUUUAGUAACAGCAAUAACUGCAGGCCUCCAAAUUAUGCCAGAAAUGAUUCAAUUAGCAAAUAUUACAGGCGGAAACAAAAUCUGGACACAGCCUAUGCCAACUGAGCUAAAUUUGGAUCCUAAGUUGAGAUUCCACUCAAUUUUUGUAUGUCCUGUAUCAAGAGAAAUUUCGACACCGGAAAAUCCACCGAUGCUUUUACCAUGUGGGCACAUGAUAUCUAAACAAAGCAUGGAAAGAUUAUUAAGCAGCAGCUCAAGAGGUAAAUUCAAGUGUCCAACUUGCCCAGUUGAAGCUACUGACAGAGAUAUACGUCAAGUGACUAUAUGGUAA